AAGAUUAAUGACCUUGUUUCCUGGACGUGCAUACAGAGAAAUGGAUGAGAAUCUAGAACUCCAAAUCAGUAUUUGGAAUUUCUCUCUGUAAAGACAGGGCAUGUCUUGAGCAUGGCCAUCUUAUAAUGGUACCCCCAGCAGUCAGGGCAUAGAGCUGGCAUGGCACAGAGACAACCAGAAGGAAAUUUUAAAUGUGUGUAUAGUAGUAAUGUUGAUUUUGUUAAAACUUGGUCACUUUGAAGACAAAAAAUUAUAGAUGGUUCAGGUCAGCGUAAAUGAGAACCACAGCUCCACAGCUUUGCAUUUGACACCCCCCAGAAAUGGGUAAUGUUGCUUGCCCUGGGUUCUUGCAUCACACAUGCCCAUGUAUUCUAAAUUCACUGGAUAGUAUGAAAUAAACAGGCCUGGCAGCUUGAGCUCAGACCAGAAGUACCCCCUUCACAGUUAUCUCUUAGGUUACAGGGUUUGACUUAGAGGGGCUCAGAUUUGUCUCAGAUUAUUUCAAGUCACCAGGAAAGAGCUGAGGUGACAAGUAGGAGGUGGAGCGUUGGCAUCUGACAGUGCUUUAAUUGUUGAAAAACAAUACACAGUGCACUGGCUCUUCCCUAUCUGCUUAUUUUGAGACUGAGCAUCAAAUUAAACUCUGCAGGACAAGGCAAACUCAGUCGACGUUUAGGACCAUAUAGCACUUCAUUCAUUUCUCUUGAUGUGUAAAGCUUUAUUUUUCAGAUUUUAAUGCAACAGCAUGGCUCACCCUCAACAAUCAGAUGAGCUUGUCUUUUUUGUGAACAGCAGGAAGGUAAUAGAGAGGCAGGCAGAUCCCGAAGAAUUGCUGCUGUAUUAUCUAAGAAAGAAGCUCUGUCUUUCAGGUACAAAAUAUGGCUGUGGAGUAGGAGGCUGUGGUGCCUGCACUGUGAUAUAUGAUCCUGUUGCCAAGCUGAUACAACAUCGUCCUGCCAACUCCUGCCUUCAGCCCAUCUAUUCACUGCAUGGUGCUGCCGUCAUCACUGUGGAAGGGGUUGGAAGCAUAAAAACCAGGAUUCAUCCAAUUCAGGAAAGGCUGGCCAAAUGCAAUGGCUCCCAGUGUAGCUUCUGCACCCCUGGAAUGGUGAUGUCCGUGUAUGCCUUACUGAGAAACCAUCCAGAACCUUCCACAGAGCAGAUUAUUUCUGCUCUGGAUGGUAAUUUGUGCCGUUGCACGGGAUACAGGCCAAUUAUAGACAGCUACACAUCUUUUGCUAGGGAGCCAUCAUGUUGCCAACUCAGAGGAAUUGGACAAUGUUGCUUGGAUCAGGAGGAAUGUGUCUGUUCAUCUUCUGCAGGGGGUCAGAUCCUUUCAGGUCUGUGCAGUCCAGAACAGUUUCCACCCAUGGAUCCAACACAGGAAUUUAUGUUUCCUCCUGAACUAAUGUCACUGUUGGUUCCAGCUGGUAAACAGACCCUAUCAGGGCUAGUAAUAGGAGCUGCCUGCUGCUUGGCCCAGCUCAGAGACAUCCUGACGAAGGCAGUCACUGAACUUCCAGCAGAGAAAACGAAAACGUACCGAGCCCUCUUGCAGCAGCUGAGAACUCUGGCUGGAGAACAGAUCAGGAGCAUGGCGUCUUUAGGAGGACACAUUGUAAGCAGAGGAUCAUCCUGGGACUUGAAUCCAAUAUUAUCAGUUGGCAAAUCUGUCCUCAGCGUGGCAUCAGAAGAUGGUAAAAGACAUAUUCCUUUAAAUGAUCAUUUCCUUGCUGGCUCUGAGCAUGCAGACUUAAAUGCCAAGGAGGUCAUUGUUUCUGUUCUCAUUCCAUACUCUGUGAAGGAUGACUUUAUUUCAGCCUUCAGACAGACUGAAAGACAGAAAAACGCUUUGUCCAUAGUGAAUGCUGGAAUGUGAGUGCUCUUCCAUCCAGGCACAGACACCAUUGUAGACCUGACUGUUUUAUUUGGAGGCAUCGGCUCAACCACACUCAGUGCAAGGAAGUCCUGUGAGAAGCUCAUAGGAAGGCAAUGGAAUGAUCAGAUGCUGAAUGAAGCUUGCAGACUGGUGCUGGAGGAAAUUGUUCUCCCUCCAUCAGCUUCAGGUGGAAAAGUAGAAUAUAGAAGAACUCUGCUUGUCAGCUUUCUUUUCAGAUUUUACCUGGAAGUGUUACAUGGUUUACAUCAGCUGGAUCCCUUCAGAUAUGCUGAGCUUUCACAGGAGAACAUGAGUGCUCUGGGACUGCUGCAAAGUGGUGUUCCCCAGGGGGUCCAGGUGAGGUGUGUUUGUAGCUGGGACUGCCACAGUCCCUCUUUUUUAAUGAGUGUUUUGUUGCAGGAUGUUGACCCAGGACGGUCUCCACAAGAUCCUGUGGGCUGUCCCAUCACGCACCAGUCUGGAAUUAAGCACACCACUGGUGAGGCAGUUUUCAUUGAUGACAUUCGUCCCGUGGAUGGAGAACUCUCACUGGCUGUGGUCACCAGCGUUAAAGCCCAUGCAAAGAUCAUAUCAAUUGAUGCAUCAGAAGCCCUUCAGGUGCCAGGAGUGGUUGAUGUAGUGACAGCAAAAGAUGUUCCAGGGAAAAAUGGCAAAGAUGAGCAAGCAUAUGCAGAAGAUAAGGUGAUUUGUGUUGGUGAGAUAAUCUGUGCUGUGGUUGCAGAGUCACUGACUCAGGCAAAGUGUGGGGCUGGAAAGGUGAAGAUAGUCUAUGAAGAUCUGGACCCAAUUCUGACUCUUGAGGAUGCAAUAAAACAUAAUUCAUAUAUCACUGAAGAAAGGAAAAUAGAAAAAGGAGAUAUUGUGAAAGGAUUCAAGUCUGCUGAUGAAACAAUAGAAGGUGAAUUGCACGUGGGAGGACAGGAACAUUUUUACAUGGAAACAAACAGUGUACUUGUUAUUCCAAGAGUGGAGGAUAAAGAAAUGGAUGUGUAUGUGGCAACUCAGCAUGCAACAGAUAUACAGGAAUUAGUGGCUUCAGCUUUAAACCUCCAGUCCAACAAGGUUAUGUGCCACGUGAAACGUGUUGGUGGAGCGUUUGGUGGGAAGGUUACUAAACCUUCCCUCUUUGCUGUAAUUGCAGCCGUGGCAGCCAACAAGACCGGGCAUCCAGUCCAUUUUGUCCUGGAAAGAAAUAUGGAUAUGUUAAUCACUGGUGGACGGCACCCUUUCUUUGGAAAAUAUAAAGUUGGAUUCAUGAAUGGUGGUAGAAUAAUAGCAGCAGAUUUUCAGUGCUACAUAAAUGGUGGCUGUACAAAAGAUGAAUCUGAGUUGGUAAUCGAGUACAUUAUGUUGAAAGUGGACAAUGCAUACAAUAUCCCCAACCUCCGAGUCAGGGGACAUGCCUGCAAGACUCACCUGCCUUCCAACACUGCCUUCCGAGGAUUUGGGUUUCCCCAGGCGGGUCUGUUUAUGGAGACAUGUAUUGUGGCUGUGGCCACCCAAACUGGCCUGCCACAUGAGAAGGUUAGGGAAAUAAACAUGUACAAAGGAGUUAACCUAACAUCCUUCAGAGAAAAGUUUGAUGCAGAGAAUCUGUGGAAAUGUUGGGAAGAAUGUUUGGACAAAUCUGACUACUACAGUCGAAAAGUAAUGGUGGAAGAAUUUAACACUAAAAGUUAUUGGAAAAAGAAAGGGAUUGCCAUCAUUCCAAUGAAGUUUUCUGUUGGAUUUAAUGCAACUUAUUUUCAUCAGGCUGGAGCUCUUGUCCACAUCUAUAUAGAUGGGUCUGUGCUAAUCACUCAUGGUGGAAUUGAACUGGGACAAGGAAUUCACACUAAGAUGUUACAGAUUGCCAGUCGUGAGCUGAGGAUACCACUGUCCUAUAUCCACUUGUGUGAAACGAGCACAACAACUGUGCCUAAGGGCAAAUACACAGCAGGAUCAGCUGGAACUGAAAUCAAUGCAAGAGCAGGGCAGAAUGCCUGUCAAAUCCUUUGGAAGCGCCUGGAGCCUGUUCGAAGAGACAAUCCUAAUGGCAAAUGGGAAGACUGGAUCAGUGAAGCAAAGCAUCAGUCUUUCAGCUACUGGCUAUUUCAAAGGUUAUCAUACAAACAUGAACUGGGACACAGAGGAAGGCCAUGCAUUCCCAUAUUUCUCUUUGGAGUUGCAUGUUCUGAAGUAGAAAUUGACUGUUUGACAGGAGCCCACAAGAACAUCAGAACAGACAUUGUCAUGGAUGCCUGUUUUAGCAUAAAUCCAGCUAUAGAUAUAGGACAGAUUGAAGGGGCCUUUAUUCAGGGGGUUGGUCUUUAUACAUUAGAAGAAGUCUACUUUUCCCCAAAAGGAGAGCAGCUCACCCUUGGCCCAGAUACAUAUAAGAUCCCUGCUGUCUGUGACAUUCCUGAGCAGUUCCGUGUCUAUUUACUGCCCAAUUCACGCAACUCAAUUGCCAUCUAUUCUUCCAAGGGCAUGGGCGAGGCUGGAUUCUUCCUGGGCAGCUCAGUGUUCUUUGCAAUACGAGAUGCAGUGGCUGCUACAUGGAAGGAAAGAGGAUUGUCCCUGGACUUCCCACUGAACAGCCCCUUGACCGUUGAGCGGAUUCGCAUGGCUUGUGCUGAUGUCUUUACUGAGAUGAUUCCAAAAGAUAAACCUGGAACCUAUAGGCCAUGGGCCAUCGAUAUAGUUUAGUACUGCUUUCCUGAGUAUCAGCCUCCCAGGUGGUUCCUUCAGCCACCUACUCAUCAAUAGCAUUCAUGCAAGAAAGAACUGUAAUACUUACGUGCGCACACAAACAUAUAUGUAUCACACCAUCUUUGCAGAACAAGAUAUAAGCACCAGUUCUAUUGUAAGUCUCUGAAUAAGAGACCACUCAUUAAUAUGUUUCAUGCUACACUGGAAUAGUUAAGUUACCUGAAGAACUUCAAAGAAUUUGCAUGAGAUUUUGAAAAUAUCUGCAGUGAAGAACAGAUCACAAAUAGUACCAUCCUGUCACUUCUACAUCCAGUUUGAGAGUCACAGCUGUUGUUAUUUAUUUCUCUGUUCUUCUAACACACAAAAAUCACAAAGAUCAGAAUUAGACAUUGCACAAAUUAGUGAUGGGCAAUGUAUCAAUAUUUCAGUAAAAGAGACAUUCUGAAAGUACAUACUGCCAAAUAUUUCUAGACACUGAUAUAUUAUUACCACUACAGUAACCACAGUAAUACACCAGUACAGCUUCUUUGCUUCCUGCCAGCCUACCUCAAACCUGCUCCUUACCACCAGAUCUCUUUGAACCACUAUCAACUUCAACCUCUCUCAGAGCUGAAGUAGAAUCACUGCUGUUCACUGCCUUGUCAUCACUUGCUCCUCUUCUCCUCUUUCUUACCCACAGUUUUGCUCCCUCUUUCCAGCAAAAUGAUGAAUCAGGACAUAGCUGACAUGUUCAUCUGUAGGUGAGGAGAGGGCACGAUGUGAGAGAGGUGUGCUGGAGGUAGGAAGGGUUAGAGCAGGACAGGUUCCCAGUACCAGCUUCGAGUGACCAUAACACAGGUGAGGUUGCCCAUUGCAGCUGUCAGCAGGCCUGCAUAGCAGGUGUGUAGAUGAAAAGGUGAACGGGAGCAGAGCUGAGAGGGAAACAAUGACAGUAAAAUUUCAUCAUAGAUGUGUCAGCUCACAGUUUAACUGAGCUAUGUCAGACAGCUGGCACUCUGACAGAGAUUGUUUUGGAAAGCAGCUUUUAAAGUGAUCUGGUGACAGCUGUAUGAAUCUUCAUGGAGCAUUUCUCCACGAGGAGAGGAGACUGAAAAGCAAGUGCAAAGGUAUUGGAGAGAGAGAAAAGGGAAUGGCUGAGCUAAGCAACAUAGUUACAUAUACAAAUCAAUAUUCAACUUUGAUAUUUGAUAGUUCAAAGCAAUACAAUUUACAGUAAGAACACAUUUAACAACAUCACUGUGUACCCAAAACACUAGCAUAAGAAAUAACUCUGGAGAGGUUUAACAGGUAUUGCAUUAGUUCAGAUGCUGUACUCAUUUAUAUAGACAGAAAUUUAGACUAUUUUCAGUUAUUUUAAGAGCGAGGCUUAAAUUAGCAGAGUAUAGAAGAGAGUGCAACCUGCACACACCCUCAGAUAAGUCACAUUUAAUUUAAAUCUGUAGAGAUACAAGAUUUUAUUCCUUUACAUGUAAAUUAAUAUUACAAGUAAUAAGGAAAUUUCUAGUUUAUGUGGGUGAAGUUUUCCUUAUCAUUUCUCUUUGUAAAUGGUGAGAAAUUACAGCUAAUAAGAAAAGCUCAACUGGUAAUAGACUUUGCAGUUUUGUAAUAUUAAAGACUUCAGGAAGCUGACAGCAGGAACUAUGUUGUCUUUUUGUUCCUUUCCAUGAAAUGCAAUUUUAAUAAUUUCUGAUAUAUCUUCUUGGCUUUUUACUUAAUUGUGAUUCAGACAAAUCCACUCAGUUUAGAAUGAGUACCGAAGUGUCUUGGGUUUAGAAUGAAUGGUCAAAUAUUUGCCGAUAUUAAGGUGAAAACCCUUCCUCUGAAAUACUCUUAGGGUAUUUUUGAAUGUAGUAUUUUGGGAAUUUAAUUGGGCUGUUAACUGGAAUCUGUAAAAAUGUUUCUUGAAUAAAAGCAAACUUGUAAGGCUGUCCUGUUAUUUUGUAACACUGGGAUCUAUAGCCAAUUUUGUUUCAAGAAAUAAAUAGUAACAAAGAUGGUAUGAGACGAAAUCUG